AUCGGAAAUUCGGAACACAUAAAAUAAAAGAAUCGGAAUCGGAGUCCGGUCUACAGCAACGGACAGCAGUCGGAUUGGCUACGACUGCGAGUAACCAAAUGAAGCCCGCCGUCGUUCUCGUUGGCAAAUAAAUCCACUAGCACCUUGUCCGCCUCCGUCAGCCGGGGGUCUUCCUCACUUCUCAGUUAGGAGCUCGUGUUAUGCCCUCGCAUAAACCCUAGAAAGCUCUUGAAUUCUUUCUUCACUCUCGGCUGAAUAACCAUCUAGGGUCCGAAUAUUAACGACCAAAUAUGGUUCGACCCGAGCCCUGCGUCUUGUUCUCCCAGACCUUCGUCCACCCUCAACUUGACGAGUACGUUGACGAGGUUUUGUUCGGUGAGCCGGUUGUGAUUACAGCUUGCGAGUUCCUCGAACAGAAUGCCUCUUCUACCUCCCGAGCAGUGUCCUUGGUUGGCGCUACUGCGCCUCCUUCAUUUGCUUUGGAGGUAUUUGUACAAUCCGAGGGGGAGACGAGAUUCAGACGCUUGUGCCACCCCUUCCUAUAUUCUCAUUCGUCGUCAAAUGUUUUGGAAGUGGAGGCUGUUGUAACUAACCAUCUAGUUGUAAGAGGCAGCUACCGCAGCCUGAGUUUAGUCAUAUAUGGAAACACGGCAGAGGAUCUAGGUCAGUUCAAUAUCGAGUUUGAUGAUAACUCUUUAACUAAUCUUGUCACUUCCGCCGAGGGAAAGCUGGAAGAUCUGCCUCUGGCACUGCAUUCGAGUUCUAGGGUCAUAACGGAAUCAUUAAUCUCUCUGAAAGUAUUAUCUCUACCUGUCACCGCUCUGGAUUUGCCUAUGGAAGUCAAAAAGUUAUUGCAACUCAUCUCAAAGAUGUUGGAGAUGCCCCUCAUGGAGGAAUCUGUGCAUAAGGUUGUAAGUACCAUGGUCACAGCUGUUUGUUCCCAUGUCGCCCAUGGUUCGUGUCACAAGGUAAUUGAUGGAGGCGGAUCCGAGGAGUUGGAAGAGUUUUCCCAUAUUAUUGAUGAGGCUAAGAACGAGCUUCUUGGAGUCCUUCAGGGUUGUUCAGGAAAUGAUGCAGCCCAGUCAUUGGCAGACGUCAGUUUUCUUGAAUCUGAAGGUGAUGUGGCUACUUCCAAACAGUUGGUGGACAUGUUGGGCUCGUGCCUUUGUUUUGACAAGAACUCUUCUCAACAACAGGAGCCUUUAAAGAAGAAGAACUUCUUGGGCCUGUGUGUGGCCUUUUUAUUGUGCUCUAGCAGAGAAAGUUGCUUCCACUUUGUGAAUCAUGGGGGAAUUGAGCAACUUGGCCACUUUUUCUCUCAUGACAUACGGAAUUCUUCCGCAGUUGUCUUACUCUUACUUGGAGUUAUAGAGCGGGCUACUCGGCAUCCAAUCGGUUGUGAAGGAAUUUUAGGCUGGUGGCCCAGGGAAGAUGAGAAUGUGCCUUCUGGGUUUAGCAAAGGGUAUAGUCAAUUGUUGAAGUUGUUCCUGGAAAAACCACGCCAUGAUGUUGCUUCCCUUGCGACUUACAUCCUUCAUCGUUUAAGAUUCUAUGAAGUUGCUUCUAGAUAUGAGUCUGCUGUUCUAUCUGUGUUGGCCAGUCUGUCUGCUGAUGGAAAUUUAACAAAUCCAAUGGAAAGCUUGCUUGGAAGUGUUAAAUUUCAACUAAAAAAACUCUUGAAAUUGAUCAACUCACAUGGUCCACUUGAAGAUCCUUCUCCGGUGGCUCAAGCAAGUCGAUCCUUGAUUCUCGGUCAAACAGAGGGGCUAUUGUCAUAUAAAGCAACCAGUGGCUUGAUUGGUGCCUCAGAUUGCUCUUUUUUCAACUGUGAUAUUGACUCCCAUCUGCUGGGACUUCUCAAGGAGAGAGGUUUUCUUCCAUUAUCAGCUGCACUUUUAGCAUCGCCUAUUUUGCGCUCAGAAGUCAGUGAUACCAUGGGCACAUUUGUUGAGAUUGCAUCAACUAUUGGGGCCAUACUUCUCGCUCUUCUUAUGCGUCGCUCAGGUUUACUUUUCCUUUCAAAUCACCCUGAACUUUCUACUACCAUAAUUGAUGCUUUGAGGAAUACAAGUGACAUGAAAAUGGAAGAAUGCCUUCCACUCAGAUAUGCAUCGAUUUUAUCAGCGAAGGGUUUUGUUUGUGGCCCUCGGGAAGUGGGAACGAUCAUUGAUAUGCAUUUGAGAGUGGUUAAUGCUAUCGACAGAUUACUUUUACUAACUCAACAUACAGAAGAAUUCUUGUGGGUGUUGUGGGAGCUUUGUGGUCUCUCCAGAUCUGAUUGUGGACGCCAAGCAUUGUUGGCUCUGGGAUGUUUUCCUGAGGUUAUAUCAACUUUGAUUGAAGCUUUAUAUGCUGUAAAGGAAACCGAGCCAGAAGCCAAAAGUGGUGGAGCUUCCCCUAUAGAUGUGGCGAUUUUUCACUCAGCUGCUGAGAUAUUUGAAGUCAUUGUUACUGAUUCAACUGCAUCCUCCUUGAAUUCUUGGAUUGGACAUGUGAUGGAACUCUAUAAAGCCUUACAUUCUUCUUCCCCUGGCUCUAAUAGGAAAGAUGCUCCGAUACGGCUGUUGGAUUGGAUAGAUGCUGGAGUUGUUUACCACAAAAAUGGGGCUAUUGGUCUUCUUAAGUAUUCUGCUGUGUUAGCAUCUGGAGGGGACACACAUGUAACAUCUGCUUGCACUCUAGCUUCAGAUUUAACAGAUGUUGAAAACGUGGUGGGGGAUGCUACUGGUGGUUCUGAUGUGCAUGUCAUGGAAAAUCUGGCAAAAAUUGUUUCCGAGAAGACAUUUGAUGGUGUUACACUUCGCAACUCUGCAAUAGCACAGUUGACGACAGCCAUUAGAAUAUUGGCUUUCAUUUCAGAAAAUUCAACUGUUGCCGCAAGUCUGUACGACGAAGGUGCUCUGACAGUGAUCUAUGCUACUGUCAUGAACUGCAGUUUCAUGCUGGAAAAGUCAUCAAAUAUCUACGAUUAUCUUGUCGAUGAGGGGGCAGAAGGCAAUGCGACAUCUGAUUUGUUAUUGGAGCGUAACCGUGAGCAAAGCUUAGUCGAUCUUUUGGUUCCUUCUCUGGUGUUGCUGAUUACACUUCUGCAGAAGUUGCAGGAAGCAAAAGAACAGCAUAGGAACACAAAAUUGAUGAAUGCGCUACUCCGCCUUCACCGAGAAGUUAGUCCGAAGCUUGCUGCAUGCACAGCAGAUUUGUCGUCUUCGUAUCCUGACUCUGCACUUGGUUUUGGAGCCGUCUGCCAUCUGACUGUGUCAGCUCUUAGCUUCUGGCCGGUAUAUGGAUGGACACCUGGCCUUUUCCACUCCCUUCUCGCAAAUAUUCAAGCAAACUCACUGCUGGGUUUGGGCCCAAAGGAAACAUGCAGCUUGCUUUGUCUUUUGGUAUGCAAACUCCAGAAUUAUCUGUUCCCUGAAGAAGGUGUUUGGCUUUGGAAGAAUGGAAUGCCCUUGUUAAGUGCUCUAAGAACGCUGGCUGUGGGAACAUUGUUAGGUCCACAUAAAGAAAGACAGAUCAACUGGUAUCUAGAGCCUUCCCACCGAGAGAAAUUGCUCAACCAGUUGACCCCACAACUUGAGAAAAUUGCCCUGAUUAUCAGACAGUAUGCCGUAUCCAGAUUGGUUGUCAUCCAAGACUUGCUCCGGGUCUUCGUAAUUCGGAUUGGUUGCCAAAAACCGGCCAAUGCUUCUGUUCUUCUCCAGCCUAUGCUAUCCUCUAUUCGUCACCAUCUCUCUGAUUUUGCUUCUCUGUCACAGAUAGAUGUUUACAGGGUUUAUAGGUACCUUGCAUUUCUUGCUAGUGUACUGGAGCAUCCACGUGCGAAGGUGCUGUUAUUGGAGGAAGGCAUUGCUGACCUGUUAAGUGGGACUCUGGAGAGGUGUUAUAAUGCCAUUGAUUCAGAUGAAAGUCAGCUCCCAGAGAGCAAAAGUCUUGCAAAAUCUGGCGUUGCUCUGAAUAUGUGGUGCCUUCCUGCAUUCAAGUCCAUCUCUUUGCUUUGUGGUUCUCAAGCAUCUUCACUGUACUCUGGACAGCAUGACUUCCGUUCUGCAAGCUUUAGUUCUCAGGACUGUUCACUGAUUCUACCCUAUCUCUUGAAUUUCUGUCAGGUCUUGCCAGUUGGAAGAGAAUUGCUUUCCUGUCUAAUGAGUCUUAAGGAAAUGGGUAGUUGCAGUGAAGGCCGGAGUGCUUUGUUGACCUCUUUGAGUAGUGUCGUCAAUGGAACACCUAAGGAGGUAGAAUCACAAAAAGGUGAUGAAAUGAAUGGAAAUCGUAGCGGUGAUGUUUACGGAUGGAGCAAGAACCCUGCUCUGUUGCAUUGCUGGAUGAAAUUGCUCAAGUCUGUUGAUUACUCGGAUGGAUUAUCAACUUGUGCAGUGGAGGCUAUCAAUGCAUUAUCAGUUGGGUCAUUGAGUUUCUGCGUCAAUGACAAAAGUUUGAACUGGAAUGCUGUGGCUGCAAUAAAAUACCUUUACGGCAUCCCAAAUGACAUGGAUGAGACAGACAGCCUUUCAGAAGCCUUAACUUCCAUAGAGGAAACAACUACAGUGCUGAAUUCAAAGAUUACCAACAACUACCAUGUCUCUGUGCAAGCCACUCUUUAUCAGGCUCUAGAAUCUGCCAACUCAUUAUUGUUACUGUUGCAAAAGCCCAUCGGUUCUGUAACACUGGAUGAAAUUGGAUUUAGUACGGAUGCUUUGCUCUCUACUGAUGUUCUUGUUUCACCAAAUGUAAAUGACGAUAUUGAUGAUCACUGUCUUCAGCUUGGGGGUCUUGGAGACAAGUUUGUAUGGGAAUGUCCAGAGACGAUGCCUGACAGAUUAUCACAAAACCUUCCUGCGAAACGGAAAUUAUCAUCUGUGGACAGUUCUGGCAAGCGAGUGAAGGGUGAAAGUUCAGUGGUCGAAAUAACAGGACAGAAUUCAUUUGCUCGGGGGAUGGGCCCAUCUACCACCUCCACUGGUCCCGUCCGCAGGGACACCUUCAGACAGAGAAAACCAAACACUAGCAGGCCUCCAUCCAUGCAUGUGGAUGACUAUGUUGCUAGAGAGAGAAGUGUCGACACCGUGGGGAAUAAUUCCAAUGUUAUUGCUGUUCAACGAUUAGGGUCUGGCGGUGGAAGACCUCCUUCAAUUCAUGUGGAUGAGUUCAUGGCUAGAGAAAGAGAGAGACAGAAUCCUAUGGUUGCUUCUGUAGUAGGAGAGCCAUCACCAUCACAAGUGAAAUCGGCUGCUGCUGUGGUCGAUAAUGAUGUUGAUAAGGAGAAAGCAAACAAGUCUAAGCAGCUAAAAACAGAUAUAGACGAUGAUCUCCAUGGUAUAGAUAUAGUGUUUGAUGCCGAAGAGUCUGAGACUGAUGACAAGUUGCUAUUUCCUCAGCCAGAUGAGAAUCUUCAGCAACCCGAUCCUGUUGUCAUACUUGAACAAAGCCCUCCUCAGUCAAUUGUUGAGGAGACACAGAGUGAUACUCUACUGGCAUCAUCCAAUGCUGAGGAAAAUGCACAGAGCGAGUUCUCUUCACGGAUGUCGGCUGCCACUAGACCUGAAAUGCCACUAACUCGAGAACAAAGUGUUACUUCAGAUAAGAAGUUUUAUGAGCAAUCUGAUGAUUUGAAGAGCCCGUUUCGGGGCAAAACAUCUGUGGGUAUUGAUUCUGUUGCUGGUGGUGGAUCUUUCUGCGAUAGUGGGCCAGGUUCUUCUACUUUGCAUGUACCAAUGGAUUUUAGAACAACUCCUCCAAAUGUCUAUAUGAAGAACAGCCCUCGCAGUGCAACAGGAUCUCGAGGAGGUUAUGAGCAUAGGAUUGGUAUGCAUCAACCGCCUUUGCCUCCAAUGCCGCCUCCAUCAUCAUCUGUCUCGCCUGGAAUCAUAUCACAGAGUCUUGAUCAUGGCCCAAGUCAGCCAUCCCCUUUCUUGAAGUCUUUUGCGGAGGCUCAAUCAGAUUAUCCUCCUGCUUUUGUAAACAGUCCUGCACGUCUACCAUCCUCUCAUUCAUUACCAGAUUCCAAGUACUCUUCAAGGAGUUCUAACAUGUCUUCACCGAGUGGGUCAGCUGGACCUCAUCCACCGCUUCCUCCCACACCACCACCGCCUUUCUCAGCUAGCCCUUACAAUUUUCCUUCCGGAAAGCCCGCUUCAACUCCGCAGUCAUCGGGAUAUUCUGAGUUCCCUAUGAUGGCUGGUGUAACUUCAUACCUGCAUCCUCCACUGAUGCAACCAUUGGUCUUCAAUAGGCCGGCUUAUGUAAACACAGCAGCAACUCAGCAACCGGGUGGUGACAUCCAGAACAUGCUGCAGAAUAUCCCCAUUGCUCAGUCAAUGCAGCAGUUGCAGCCUCUACAGCCGCCACUGCAACGCCCUUCACAGGCCCAUCUCUGGCCACCUUUACAGCCAUCUUCUCAUCAGCAGCAGCAGGAACAACAAGGGUUGCUGCCUUCGCAAAACCCAUUUCAGGUUCCAGUCCAUCAAUUACAGAUGAUGCAACAGCCUCAAAUGCCUACCAUGCAUGCUCACUAUCAAGCUCAACAGCUAGAGAUCCUUCAGUUGAGACAGCAGCAGCAAGUUGAACAAGUUCACGAGCAAGACCUGCAGCGUUAUCAAGGAGAUGCUUCUUCAUCUCAGCAACAGCGGGAUCUCUCAUUGCACGAAUACUUUAGAGAUCCCCAAGCAAUUACGGCUCUAUUGAGUAACAAGGAGGAGCUGUGCCGGCUCUUGGAGCAACACCCUAAAUUGAUGCAGAUGCUUCAGGUCACCACUACAACUGUAUCUUACAAGAUUUGAGAGAUUGGGGCAGCAAUAGCGAAGCUGUUGAGACACAGUAUCACUUUGCAGUGCUAGUAGCUGCCAAAUGUUCCAACAGUAGAUGCAAGGCUUCCAUGUGGGCAUCUUCAAGCUCUCCCCUAGUGGUUUUUGUUCAUUUUCCUUCCCCAUCUGUCUGAAUUUUCCACCAUUGUCGUCCAUGUAAGGAUUGUAUAUAUGUGAUUUUCAUGGUGGUUGAUAAUUUUGCGUAAUUGGGUGGUUUUGGUUUUAGUUCUAGUUCUUUGGCUUCUGGCCCCAUCCCACUUCAGUUGAGGAAAAUUUUCUGGGAAUUGAUGCGAUUUUUAGAUGAUCCAAGAUACGCCCAUAGUGGGCUGUUGAUCCUCUGUCUGUGAUGUAUAAUCUUCGAGCGCUAUGAGAUUAUAUGAAGGCUUAAAUUUAAGGAAAAAGAGAUUGAAGGAGAGGUCUAUAGUAAAUCAAUCAAAUUUAAUAUUUUACCAUUUUCAACUCAUUUUCACAAUAAACUAAA